CGCCCAGGCAUCACCACGAUGGUGGCAAUCGACUGACGAGUCUCGGGCUGUGAAUUCGUGGCUGCAUGCAUCGUCCCAGCGCUCUAGGCAAUGGCCUGAAAAGGCUCGUCUCAGCUCCUCGGGGCUGUCGCGGCUUCGUGACGGAGACCGACGUCGAAUCAGCUCGGCGAUACUGCUUGAAGCAGCUUCAGACAAGCGACUACGAUGCUCACCUCAUCCGCCGCUUCAUGCCUCCCCCCGUCCAGGACACGUACGCGGCCCUGCGCGCCCUCAACCUCGAGCUCGUCCGGCUGCCCGAGAUGGUGUCGAAUCCCACCAUCGGCGCCAUGCGCGUCAAGUUCUGGCACGACGCCAUCGACAGGACCUUUGCCGGGCAGCCCCCGCGCGAGCCAAUCUGCAUCCUGCUGCACAAGGCCCUGCGCGAGCUGGAGCAGCGGACCGGCGGCGGCUCGUCGUCGACCAAGAGCAUGAAAUUCUGGGUCUCGCGCCUGAUCCGCACGCGCGAGAGGCACAUGGACAAUCGGCCCUUCGCGACCCUGGCCAGCCUGGAGGACUAUGCCGAGAACACGUACUCCACGAUCAUGUAUGCGACUCUGGCAUCCAUGCCGCUGCGGUCUAUGCACGUGGACCACCUGGCCAGCCAUAUCGGCAAGGCGUGUGGCAUCGUCGCGGUCCUGCGGGGAGUACCCGUCCUCGCCGCGCCCCCACAGCCCGUCAGGUCGCCCUCCGGCCUCGAGACCCCGAGCCGCAGCCAGGCCCUGCUGCUGCCCCUCGACGUCAUGGCCGAGGAGGGUGUCAAGGAGGAGGAGGUCUUCCGCCAGGGGCCCAGCGCGCCCGGCCUGCAGGACGCCAUCUUCAAGGUGGCUACGCGCGCCAAUGACCAUCUCAUCACGGCGCGGGAGAUGCUCAAGCGGUUGAAGGCGGGGCAGGACGCGGGUCACGAGUUUGAGCAUCAAGGCGAGGGCGAGCACCACUAUGUCGACGAGGAGAGCGAUGCCACGCGGGAUGUGCGGAGAGGCUUCGGAGUCUUGCUGGAAGCCGUGCCAGCGGCCCAAUGGCUGCUGAGCCUGGAAAAGGCAAACUUUGACCCGUUUGCCGUCAGAGCGGGCGGAUGGAGGCUGCCGUGGGGGAUCUGGCAAGCUCUGUCCAAGGAGAGGAUAUAGCCAGAUACCGCAUACU